GCUAUCGUCUGUGACGCCCGCUCCUACCACCUCGCCCACUCAUCUUGCUUUGUAAAACACCCCAUCGACUCUUCAAAUACCAUCAUCCUCGCCUUCGGCACCCUUCUAUUCACUCACAUCAACAACAACCACCAAGCUGGCGCAAUGUCUUCCGGUCGCCUCCACAUUCCCUUCCCGCGUACCUUCUUGUCUGUCAACACUCCCACCAAGAAGGCCGGCAGCCCCGUUGAGCCUACCGCGGCCCCCGAGCCCCAGCAGUCUGCUCACUCAUUUCUUUCCAACCGACCUGCCGGCGCCCAGCGCCAUGCCUCAGUCUCGUCCGUCAGCAGCGUCGAUAGCAUUGCCAGCGCGGCAUCUGCUACCCGCGGCUCGCCUCCCGCUUCACCAGUCCUUGAGCAGACGCUUCCAGCUUUUCUGUCGCUUAACGCAAAGUAUGCGGCUCCCCCGAAGACUGCUGCGGCGCUGAGCGGUGCCGAGCCCCACGGCUUCCUCUCCAACAGGCACUAGGCAAGAGAUGUGUGCUUGACCUACCUUGACUUCGCAAUGUCCAGCCUAGAAGCUCGACACGAAGGGCGUUUUGACGGAUUCGACUAAAAGCUUCGAUAUUGGAUAUCUAUCACUUGUGCGGCAUUGACCGGCGUUAACGAUUGAACGACUUUCCUACUUCCCUGCGGAGGGACAAAACUACAAAAUCCUAUUCUGGGGACCAGAUAGGCUGGCCUCAGCUUACCGACACAAUCAGCAUGGCUGUCUUUUGCAAGGACGACUUGACAUCAGAUUGUCGCUCGUGAACACUACCUCAGUGUUCAGAUGCUCCUCUGAGCGGCUGUCAUAUUGAAAGAGCGGGCACACGGAUUGGACAAAGGCGCAGGCACGGUUGCUUUUUCGUUAAGACACCU